UUAAAAAAAUUAAAAAGUGCUUAUAAGAAGUUAGAUUGUAAGUCAAAGCAAAAGCACUAAUACCAUCAAGAAUUCAAGAACUCUGUUUCUGCUCACUCUCCAAUUGGCUGGCUUCUGAGUAUGAAUAAACCCCAACAAACGAACUCGUAACUACCCAUUUUCUCCAUUUAGUUAUAGUUAGACUCAGUUCUAUGCUUUGGGCAAAUGGCAAAUCAAACUUUAAAAAGAGUUUCACUUUGUUAGUCCCAUAUAUAGUAUCUCAAUUUUACUUCCGAAAACACAAUUCCCAUUUACUGAUUUCUUGAUUUUGCAAAACUUUUUUAGCUUUCCCUUUUAGUGCCCCAUUAUUCUUUCUACUUUCCUACUGAUUUUCCAUUCUUUUACGAACCCCAAAUGGAAGAAACACAAGAACAAAAGUAUAUUUGCAAGUUUUGUAACAAGUGUUGUGAUAGUGGCAAGUCAUUGGGAGGUCACAUGAGGGGUCAUUUAGCUUUGAUUUCAGCUGCAAAGAAGCAGAAAGAUAACAGCAAAGUGGGUUCUGAAGAAAAAGAAGAAGAAGAAGCUGCAAAUAUCCAUGAAGAUUUGAGCAUUUCAGAGCAAUCUGAAAGUAGUACGAGUCAAGAAAAGGAGAAUAAUGUCAGCAUUGGUGAUGAUGGUGAUGACUCAAUUGGUUAUGGAUUAAGAGAGAAUCCAAGAAGAUCUUGGAGGGUUUCUGAUUUCAAGAAUUGCUCUUUGGAAAUGAAGAAUCUUUGUAAAGAAUGUGGCAAAGAAUUCUCCUCCUUGAAAGCUCUGGCAGGUCAUCUGAGGACUCAUUCUAAGAAAGGGAUUGAAAAAUGUCAUAUUUGCGAGAAAUGUGGAAAAGGGUUUGCUUCAAUGAGGGCACUUUUUGGUCACAUGAAAGUUCACUCGAAAAGAUCAACGGGCGAUGAUCAAGAUUCUGAAUUAUCAAAGCAGAGUUUAUCGGAUUUCGAUAGCAUUUGCCCAAUUCGGAAGAAGCGGUCAAAGAUAAAAUACAAGAUUGAUGUGAACUCUUCUUUUUCUGGUUUGAAUGAGUCCUCUUCUGCAAUUAGUGAAGUUGAUGAAGUGGAAGAAGCUGCUAGGUGUUUGCUGAUGUUGUCAGUGGGUGUGAGGGACUGGGAUGAGUACAUUUCGAUUUUGGAGAGUUCUAAAGAUGAGAACGUCAAUCUUGAAAGUGAACCAUCAUUUCACUGUGCUAAGGGGAUUUCUGCUGCUGAUGCUUUUACUGUAAAGCAUUUGUCUCAUGCUGUCUUUUCUGAUUCUGGCUGUGUUGAUGAUUAUGAAAAGAAUUAUGAAAUUGCUGAAUUUUCGGACGAGUUGAUGUUGGUCAACACUGAGAUCACAAAGGUGUGCUACUCUACUGAUAUGCAAUUUGAGAAUGAUCCAAGUUCAUCUGUUGUAAUGGAGGAGUUUCCUUUUCUGAAUUCUUGUUCUCUCAAGAAUGCUGAGGUUGAGCCUGUCAAAAGCAAGAAGCACAAAUGUCCAGUUUGCUUCAAAGUUUUCCCAUCAGGCCAAUCUUUGGGAGGCCACAAGAGGGCUCAUUACACUGGAUUCACUGAGAGC